AUGGCCUCCGAACCCACACCAACGACGGAGCAGGAGCGAGCUGCUUACCUCCGGGAGGCACAGACAAAAGCUGUCAAGCUGUUCGAAGAGAUUGAACAAUCCAUAGUCCGCCCCAGCGUCAGUGAGAAGCAACUAAGUGAUGAGAUCCAUGAACUUGGUGCUAAACGUUACGACGUCAAAACCCACUGGCACAAGCGGGUUAUCAGAAGCGGCCCUAACACCUUGUUCCCCUAUGCCGACAACCCUCCGGACCGCAUAAUUCAACCCGACGACAUCGUCUUCGUUGACCUAGGGCCUGUAUUCGAGGCAUGGGAAGCAGAUUUUGGUCGGACAUUUGUGCUUGGAGGUGAUCCGAUCAAGACAAAGCUGCGCGACACGCUAGAGCCCUUGUGGAAGCAGGUAAAGUCGCGGUUCCAGGACAGUCCGGACAUGACAGGCGAGGAACUCUACAGGAUCGCCUGCGAUUUAGCUAAGGAGGCUGGGUGGGAGUUCGGCGGUUCGCACGCAGGACACCUCGUCGGUCAAUUCCCGCACGAGCGAAUCCCUGGAGAUAAAGUCGAAUACUAUAUAACCAAGGGCAGCCAGAAGCCGAUGAGGCGCACAGGCACGGACGGACAGCUGCUGCAUUGGAUCCUAGAAAUCCAUCUUAUAGAUCGCGACCGCCAAAUCGGCGGAUUUUAUGAGCAGCUCCUAACAGUUGACUAA